AACGCGGGAUUACAGACGACUUGGACACCUGAGUAUCGCGAGAUUUGACCAGCUGUUUAGUCUGUUUUUUUUUUAGACUGGUGCUGCUUGUCGGUCUACACGUGGGGAGGAUCUGACUUUGCUUUCCACUGGGACACAUUUGAAAAAUUCACAAUAUCCGUAUUGCUCUCAUCGUGGCGGCACCAAGGACCAUAACAUACUGUGUAGCUGUUAGUGUCCUGAGGAAAUGCCGCUGAGGUUUCGUUCUAUUGCGCCCUACACACUACCCGGAGUCCUUGCACUGAUCGGCUGGUGGUGGUACAUCUCGCGGAAGAAAGAGCGGAUCAUCAGCCAUGACAGCCCAGAGGGGGCUCCAACCACUAUGGGCCUUAGAGCGUCUCCAGCAGAGGGUAGCAACGGUUUGGUCGAGAAAGGCACUGUAUCUCCCUCAAAUGGCACAGAAAGUCCCACCCACAGACCGCCGAAGGUUGGCGACCUGAGAACAGAACAUGAAAAUAUUUCCCCGAUCCAUGUCCGGGACAAUGAAGCAGCACCUUCACUAAGACAAAGUUCUGAAGAAGCUGCUCCUCACCUUGACAGAAUAAGACUAGGGGAAGUCCAUAAACCCUCAUGCUCGACUCCAUUACCUGGCAAAGAAGACUGCCCGCAGGUGUCGUUGAAAGACCAUAAAGACCCAGAGAAGAGCUUAACACCUGCCUUGGUAAAAGAGCUGGAUAAACACCUAGUCAACAAGCCAGCCUCUCCUUUAGAAGCCACAGUAGAAGAGGUGGUCUUGCCCUGCCGGUCUACCAAAGUCACCAGCGCCUCCCCAACAGCGCACCUUUCUGAUGCAGAGAGGCCAGAGCCAGAAGGGGAAGUUGCAAAGCACUACAGCCCUGUGAAUACACAAGCUGAAAUAGUUGUUUAUGCAGUCACCCCAGCCAAAGUGCAGAGAGUGAUCCCAUCAGAGGCUGACUCUCUAGAGACGCCCCCUUCAGAGCAGGAUUUCCACCAACACAUUCUAAGCAGCACCCCUGCCCCAACCUCCAUGGCCCAGACAACGGACCAAGACUCCACUACCAUAUCAGAGACGCCAGAGGACAUCCAGGUACACUGUGGCCGUGGAAAGGAGCAGGAUCUGGAGCUUCUGGCAGCUGGACUCAUACAUGAGGUCAUCUCUGCAGCCACCCAGGAGGUCCUUGGUGUCACCAGUUACCAGGUCACAGAAACCAGCCAGCCCAGUUGCAGCAGCAGCAGCACACCGCUGGCCGGCAGCAGACUAUGCUCACAACAGGAGCCCAGCACAGCAGUACUGCAGCACCACCAUCUACUGUCAGGCCCCACUCAGAUAGGCUGCGAGGCCACAGAGAAGGAAGAGCUGGGGAUGCCCAAUGGCUGCUCCUCGGCCCCAGUAUGGGAGUCUGUCGAGGUCAGUCACAGGGUUCAUCAGACAAACCAUGCACAGAGAGGCCAUUGGCCUACACCGUCGCACCAAGCAGCACAGAGUCCCCCUACUUUGCUAAACAUGAAACUGAAAGGCGAUGAAGCAGCGGUGCUGGGCGACGACUCUGCCUGCAGUACGUGCCACUCUGAGGAUGGCAUUAGCAGCGAGGACCUUCAGAACAGCAUGUAUGACAACCAAACGGAUGUGAGUCAGCUUACGGACUUGUCUGCAAAAGAUGCCACCCAACCUCAAUUGCGGGUCGAGACGGCCAUGGAGGCAUCGUUGUUGGCUGUAACUGAAGACAACUCAUCGGAUGCGGUGUGUGAGAUAAAGAGGCUUAACGGACUGGGCCUGAGGAAUGGAGCUCACGGGACAUGUGAGGUGGAGACGGACCAGUCUGGAGGCUCUGAUGUGAACAGUAUGGACUCUGUGGACAGCGGCUGCACAAUGGGUGCCGGGGAAAGCCAGAGCAACCUCGCUGCCUCCUCCAGCUCUGAGCUCAUCAUCUGGGAGAUCGAGGUGCCAAAGCAUCUUGUAGGGCGGUUAAUAGGGAAGCAGGGAAGAUAUGUGAGCUUCCUGAAGCAGAACUCUGGCGCAAAGAUCUAUAUCUCCACCCUGCCUUAUACACAGGAGUUCCAGAUCUGUCACAUAGAGGGUACGCAGCAGCAGGUUGACAAAGCCCUGUCCCUGAUCGGGAAGAAGUUUAAAGAUCUGGACUUGACUAACCUGUAUGCACCUCCGCCACCCCCGCUCACAUUGCCAUCACUUCCCAUGACCUCCUGGCUUCUUCUCCCCAGCGGAGUGACCGUUGAAGUGAUCGUGGUGAACAUCGUGUCGGCCGGUCACGUCUUCGUCCAGCAGCACACCCACCCCACCUACCACGCCCUGCGCAGCCUGGACCAGCAGAUGUUCCUCUGCUACUCCCAGCCGGGCACCCCGGCCCUCCCCUCACCCGCUGAAGGGUGUGAUCUGUGCGCUCCAGCGGUGGAUGGAGCCUGGUGGAGAGCUCAGGUCAUCACCUUCUAUAAAGAAACUAACGAAGUGGAGAUCAGAUACGUUGAUUAUGGAGGCUACGACCGAGUUAAGAUUGACUCACUACGGCAAAUAAGGUCUGAUUUUGUAACACUACCGUUCCAAGGGGCUGAAGUAUUGCUUGACAACAUCGCCCCACUUCCAGGAGAGGAUCGCUUCUCAGCGGAGGCCACGUCAGCACUGGAGGAGAUGACCAGAGGAGUGGCAUUGCUCGCCCAGGUCUCAAACUACGAUAACAACACGGGCCUCCCACUGGUCCACCUGUGGAACAUGGUCGGAGACGAGGUGGUUUCAGUUAACCGUACGCUGGCAGAGAGGGGCCUGGGUGUUUGGAUGGAUGGAUUUUGAACUCUAACAGGCUCUGAUCUUCACCCCUCCAUCCACCCACUCACUCCCUUAUUGUCUUGUGAUCAGCAGUCUGGGACCCGGGUCACCCACUGGAUCUAAGAAGAUUGUUUUUCCUUUCAUUUCUUUUCUUCUUUUUUGGUCCCCAUUUCUUUGAAAUGAAUUAAAAAUUGUUUGCAGGCAUAAUCUACAAGAACGGCACUGUUUCAAAAUAAAGCAACCUUCCCCUCUUGUUCUUGUACACAAAAAGAACUCAAAGAGGGAAAAAAACUAGAUACUUGUGAAAAAAAAAAACAUUUUUAAAUCUAUAUUGUAACUAAAUAAAGGUUCAACCAA